AUGUCGCGACAUCAGUAUGACUUGAUCCAGUGUAUGAAACAACCAGGCAAGUCUGUAGGACUAGUGUGCCCGCAAUGUGAUGGGAAAUGUCCAAUUUGUGAUUCCUUUGUUAAACCAACUGCUAAAGUCUAUAUAUGUCACGAUUGUUCCUUAGGUCAUUUGUAUAAUAAAUGUAUCACAUGUUCCAACUAUUUGGGUGAUAAUUGUGAAUCGGGUGUACCAGCGUACUACUGUCUUGAAUGUGUUCGACAAGAGAAGCAUCGCGAGGGAUGCCCCAGAAUUGUUAAUAUUGGAAGUCUUAAAUCAGACAUGAUAUUCCGGAAAAAGAAGGAGGCAACCAAAAGCACAAAUGGUUUACUACGAUAG